AUGUACAUGAUUACAAACUCUACGUCAAAACAUCUCCUGGGCAUAAGUUUUCACACAUACUCAUUUCUGCCAUCAUACCGGCAUAUUCCUCUCUUGACAAUACUGUUCACAAGACAAACAACAAAUCACGAACAGGCCGAGCCUAAAAGAAGUUUUACUUUGGGACCGCCCGGACACGCUGCUGAGAGCGUAACUUUUUUCAAAGUCGAAACGGCGAUGGAAGAGGCCCUCUACCGUUGUCUUCACCAAGUCCUGGCCAUCUCGCCUUCACCGUGUGCAGACAUGGUUCUGCACACACGAUGGAAAAGCUUUACGUCCUGGCCAUCUCUACCAUUGUCGAGCCCCCGUGUGCCGACAUGGAUCGGCAUACGCAAUGGAAAAUUUUUAAGUCCUAACCAUCAACGUGCAGAGAUAAAGACGGACGGGGUCGAAAAAAAUACGGGCAAGCGGAUGGACAAACUUGAAAAGGACUAUCCACCGCGGCAAUGCUCCAGUCAUUUAAUGCAACGACUUGUGUCUGCUGCGCGCGAUGGCUGGAGCUUUUGUCGUCGCAUAAGGACACCGUUUUAA